AUGUCGGUGAAUAAGAAAGCUGGCCCCGCGAUGGGUGCUGCGAAAAAGCCUACCAUGGCCGGCAUUAGCUCUAAAUCCGAGAAAGAGGCCGAUUUGGUUAUGGGGACCAAUAACAGUAGUAUCGUAUCCAAACGCAGCGUCGAGAUGCUCUACUACCCCAAGCCUCAUUUCUUCCGCUACUUUGUCAAAAAGCCGCAGCGACGCUCGCCGUUAAUCAACCGCGGAUAUUGGCUUCGUAUGCAUGCGAUGGCGGAAUCAGUGCGGCAAUUCAUGAGAGAGCCUUCGGGAAAACCCAAGUUCGUCCUGAAUCUGGGAUGUGGAUUUGAUCCUCUACCGUUCAUCCUCCUCAGCGAGGACCCAUCCCUGUGUAGCGAUACGCGAUUCAUCGAUAUCGAUUAUGAGAAGCUCAUGAUCAACAAGAAGACAGCCAUCAGGAGGACCGAUGAGAUUACACAAACCCUCAAGGAUGUAGAGUUCUUGUCGGACGAGAGUGCCGUGCAAAUCCGCAGCACGCACUAUCUAGGGAUUGGAUGCGAUUUGAAGAACCUAAAGAAAUUGGACGAUGUGCUGAGGACCGAGGUCCUCCCGGCUGAGUGCUCAGUCCUUUUUCUAGCUGAGGUUUCUCUGACGUACAUGGAUGUCAAAUCUGCCAAUGCGGUCCUGGACUGGGCAUCGAAGUUGAAUAACGAUGCCAAGUUCUGCAUCUUGGAGCAGUUCUUCCCUGAUGGACCUGACCACCCUUUCGCUUCGACCAUGAUGAAACACUUCAAAAAGCUCGGCGCGCCGCUGUAUUCGAUCCACGAAUACCCCUCACUGAGUGAGCAAGAACAGCGGUUCAAGAACGCCGGAUGGAAGCACGCCCACGCCAGAAGUCUCUGGGACCUGUGGUCGGAUGACGGCUACGUGAGCAGUUCGCUGCGCUCCUCCUUGGAUGCGGUGGAGCCAUUCGAUGAAUGGGAAGAAUUUGCGCUUUUUGCAUCACACUACUUCCUUCUUGUCGCCUCCACGUCGCAGGAGGAUAUGAAUCGCAGCGCAGCAAAGGCAGAACAAUCCGGGCAAGUAGCAGAUGCGUCGAGUCAAUUCGCGCUUCAUGCAAGGUGCCCCGCGGGAGGUGGUCAGCGGAGAUUCGGGGCCCUCAUUCCUGAUGGCGAAAACUCCUUUGGUUACCAUGCUGGGCUGGGCCGGCAGACGCGGCUUGCAACGACGGAUUUGUACUCGAAUGCAAACGAUAUUACCGGUCCUAAUUUGCCCUUUCCUUCCCGUGAGGUCUCGGCUCGGAUGUGUCACACAGUAACCCAUCUAGCUGGUGGCGAUUGUUUGCUCGUUGGUGGCCGAGCUUCGCCCGCAGCAGGACUUCAAGAUUGCUGGUUAAGACAAGGGACUCAAUGGCGUCCGACACAAAACCUCCCAGUUCCACGGUUUAGACAUAGUGCGACAAGGGUGACCUUGGACUUAGACCAUGUCUUGGUGUAUGGGGGAAAGACCAAUGAUGGCAUGGUGCUCGAUGCCUGGCUGUUAUGGAGCAGCAAUGGAAGCGGAUGGAAACCAGUUGAGACCGUCGGAGCUACCCCUAGAGCCAGAUUUGGAGCUUGCCUGGCGAGCAUUGAUAAUGCUUCGGGCUUUCUGUUUGGAGGAAUUAGCGCAGACGGCAUUGUCCUUGAAGAUUUUUGGACGUGGAACUUGCACCAGCGCAGCGAUGGAUCGUACUAUCUGGAGUUGCACGACCGGACUGAGAGAUUACGGGAUUCGCCUCUCUUUGAAUACCUCGGCCGUUUUGGCGCUACGGUCAUUUGCUCUUCGUGGGGACUACUUAUUGUUGGUGGAAUUAUUCCUCGACAGAUUGUACCGUACGACAAGGAAAUCAUGCUCCUCAACCCGACAGCGGUGGCCCGUUGCCUUGCUGGCGAGACUUCACAACCUAGUGAUGUGCUUUCUGCAGUAGGGUUAGGACUGAACUUUGGUGGACCAAGGCCUUUGCUGGUCGGCCAUGCUUCUCAUGCAGUUGAUCCGAACCAGGUUCUGCUGCUAGGUGGCGGUGCAGUUUGUUUCUCCUUUGGAACCUUUUGGACAGAGGGCACCUGGCUGUUGAAACAUGUUGAUGCAACAGCCCCUGAGAACGAGUGGAAUCUAGUGCCUGAAAGUGCGCCGAUGUCGAAAGUCGAGGAGCCGUCGGUUGACCCAUCCAGUGUGGGCAGCCAGACUACCAAAGACAUCGAACCGAUUCCUCGUGUGAAGGUCCAAACCGCUGCACAAUUUGAACAGAUAUUGGCAGAUGGAAAGCCGGUGAUCAUCGAAGGAUCUGACCUUGGCCCUUGCACUGACCGUUGGACCAAAGAGUAUCUCACGGAUGCCGUUGGCAGAGACCGCAAGGUUAUUGUGCAUGAGGCUCACUCAGAAAAUAUGAGCUUUCAAGCCAAGAAUUUUUCCUAUACAACCAAAGAAUUCGGCUCCUUCCUAGAUGAAGUGCACGCAGGUGGCCGUCAUUAUCUCCGUAGCAUCUCCGCUGAAGAGCCUACCAAACUCCCAGCCAAUCUAGCCGUGGAUUUUCCCAACCUCAAAGAAGAUUUUUGUCUACCGGAGCCCCUUUCGCUGGUUGCUGAGAAUGCGCACAGUUCUCCACUUAGGAUCUCAGGGCCAGUCACUUUGUGGCUGCACUACGAUGUGAUGGCGAACGUUCUAUGUCAAAUCCGCGGCGAGAAAAGACUCAUCCUCUUCCCCCCCAGUGAUGUGCAAUAUCUCCAGGUCCCUGCCGGGGCGUCCAGUUCUACUAUCAACAUAUUCCAGAACCAUGCGGAUGGUUCAAUUGCUGCAGUCCCGCACACUUCGCCACAAGAAGCGGUUCUGCGUCGUGGCGACAUUCUGUUCAUCCCCCCAUUGUGGUUACACACAGCGUCCCCGACUGGCCAGGUCAGUGUCGCCGUGAAUGUUUUCUUUCGCAAUUUAUCGAAAGGAUAUGCAGCUGGGCGGGAUGUCUACGGAAACCGGGAUCUGCAGGCCUAUGAAAAGGCGAGAAACGAUCUUCAAAAGAUCGCCAAGUCUUUCGAUGGGCUCCCACCUGACAUGGCCCGUUUCUACUUGUUGAGGCUCGCAAAGGAGCUGAGAGACAAAGCCGAAGCCUAG